AUGGAUUCCUCCAGCAGUACCCGGCCAUGUUACCUAUCGCAGCUACCGGCUGAGCUCCUCUACGAGAUCUUCCAGCGAUGCCCGGACAUUUCCGCCCUCUGGAGUCUGCUGACUACAUCGUCGCAGAUGUUAGCAGUCUUCAAUUCGAGGGCGUCGGAGAUAGUGGAUGCCGUAUUGAACUUGACUGUCCCAGCUCAGACGCGACUGUAUAUGCGACAGGUUCUCGUUCUCCGCACCGGCAUACAUUCAUAUUACAGUUUUGAGGACGCCCAGACUGAUCGAUUCCUGCUCUGCAAGAGAAUUAUGGCAACACCAGACCAGCUCCGGACUUUUGUGGCGUUAUCCCACAGGGUCCAUGUCUUGGCACAUCUCUGCAUUGAAGGUUGCCUUCGACGGUGCCUAGCUAGUCCGCUCGGCCAAAGGGAAUACCCCGUGGGGUUCAUAAUUCCCACGUGGACGGAGGAGCAACGAAGCAUUCUAUCAUUUUGGCGCGUGUUGUUCUGCAGUGAACUCAAAUUGCAAGGGCUGAAGGGACAUCUUAAUUGGUCUCCCAGAGAGCUUAUAAGACUGCAAAGUCAAGGUCUUUACGAGCAUGUGUUAUCCGGGACUGCAAGAUCUCAGGCCAUGACUGCAUUACGCUUUAUUUGUGAGCAAACUAAUCCAGAUGGCUCUGAGGAAGAAUUGUCAAAUGGACUUGAACAGACUAAACCACUUCAGCUGCCUACGAUCCCCGAGGGCUCUGAGUUUAGUUGGACAUGUCAGUCGCCUCCGUCUCCAAUGGCUGUGAUUCAAGGCUGGAGUCCUUCGGACCCACAGCUCCCCGAACCCAGGCCAUUUACCAGCUCAGUGCCGAGUCCAAUUCUGUAUCCGAGAGUAGCUUUGGAUACCGACUCCGAGGACGAAGAGGACUUGCUGACCCCAGCCGAGAGUGAGGAGUCAGAGAGCGAGGAACUCGAGAGUGACGAGUCCGAAAGCGAUGGGGACGAGAGUGAUGGACCGGAGAGUUGGGGACGACUGCGCUGCCUUUUUCGCAUACCUGAGGACAGACUCAUAAUCGUGGAGAAUCCUCCAAGUGACCCGGAGAUCAUACCCCCAGCGCCUUUCCCUAUUCAAGGUUUUGGAGAAGUUCCAAGCCGGGGGGAGUGGCGAACACUCCAUGGAGCAACGAUUGGUGUACAAUUCUGGACGGGCAUGAAUAUGAAUCGUAAUGCUGGGCCGGGUCAAUAUAUAUGGCCAAACGUGUAUCUCAAAUAUGGCUUCGCUAUCUGGGAAGAGCAGAGAAUGAUUGACAUGGGACUAUGGUCGACCGAAGCUCGCGUCGAUGCAUCCGACAUCUACGAAGAUGGUAUAGCUUUUUGA